AUGAAGACAUCAGCUAUUCUACUUCUCGCCAUUCUCGGCAUGACAUCCGCAUCUGUCCUCAGCACUACGAAUGUCGCCACCGUUCUUGCAGGCGUAACAGCUCCAUCCUCUCUCACCAUACCGGCCGAUGCUAUGGCAGCUAUCACUAAACUUGGCACUGGCGGUGCAAAUGCCGCUUCAUUGACUGCUGCCGAGACUGCUGCUAUCAGCGCUUGUACGGAUGCUGGCCGAGCGAACAACACAGCUUCAAAGGCCAAUCUUAAUGAUGGAACUGGAAGUGCGGGAGCUAUUGCUUUUGUAACGAAUAAAGUCACGACUCACGCAUGCGAAACUGCAGGCCAACAGGUAGCACUGGUUACUUCAGGGACGGCGGCAAGUGAUACAGAUGUUAAUCUUUUGAUAUCAAAUGUGGGAGUUUUGAAUGUAAAUACCAAGGCUGCGGGAAUUACUUCAAAGCGGGCGGUGGCGUUUGCGAUAGUAAACAUUAUUUCCUAUCCCCAACUUUCAAGAUUUAAUUAA